AUGUUGAGGCGGACGGUUCGACUGCGGAAAGAGUAUCUUUUCCGCAAGGCGACUGAGGAGAAGGAGCGAGUUCUGGCGGACAGGAAGAGGCGCCUGAAGCAGGCGCUUGAGAGCGGGCAGCCCGUUCCCUCCGAUCUCCGCGGGCAGGCUGCCCAAAAACUGCUGCCGACGCUCGACCUCGAAGACGUCCACACCGCUCAGACAUCUUCCCACGCCGACGACGAAUACGCCUUCGCCGGGGUCGCGGAUCCCAAGGUCGUGCUCACGACUUCGCGAAAUCCGUCGAGUCGGCUGCAGCAGUUCGUGAAGGAGCUGCGCCUCAUCAUUCCAAACAGCCAGCGCAUCAACCGCGGAGGCUACGUUGUGUCCGACCUCGUGGAGCUCUGCCGCAGCAACAACGUGACGGACUUGAUCAUCAUUCACGAGCACAGAGGCCAGCCGGAUGCGAUGGUCAUUUGUCACCUCCCGCACGGGCCGGCGGCGCACUUUAAUCUCUCCAACGUCGCGCUUCGUCACGACUUGCCAGAAAAGCCCGCCAACAUGUCUGAGGCGGCGCCGCAUUUGGUGUUCCACAACUUUACUUCACGCGUGGGGAAGCGCGACUCAGAGGAGAGCCCAGGACGACUGGAGCUGGUGGAAGUUGGGCCGCGUUUCACGUUAAAGCCUUACCGCAUCGACCUGGGCACUGCAGAGAUGAAAGACGUCGAGACAGAGUGGGCGAUUCGGCCUUUCUUCAACAAACCAAAGGCUGCACUCACAGAGUGA